AUGACCACCCACGCCUACACCAAAGAGCUUCAGCUCGCCCGCCUCGCCGUGCAACGCGCCGCGCUCCUCACAAAGCGCCUCCUCUCCGAAGUAGACAAAGGUUCAUUUGACAAAGUCGAUGCGACACCCGUGACAAUCGCUGAUUUUGCCGCGCAAGCGUCCAUCAUCGCGGCAAUCCACCACACCUUCCCCACGGACCAAAUUGUCGGCGAAGAAGACUCCACCGCCCUUCGCCAAGACCCUGUCCUCCUGGAACGAACAUGGGACCUGGCUCGUUCCGUACACCUGGAUGAUGAAGCCAGUGAAGCGAUGCUGCACACCCCGUCCACGAAAGACGAGAUGCUCGCACUAAUCGAUCUGGGCGCGCAAGGCACUACAGGGCGAAGUGGACGGACGUGGACUCUUGACCCAGUCGAUGGGACGGCUACUUUUAUGCGCGGCCAACAGUAUGCUGUGUGUUUGAGUUUGAUUGAGGACGGGGAGCAGGUUGUUGGUGUCCUGGGGUGUCCGAAUCUACUAAGCGACCGACGUGUUGCGGAGGAUUUGGUCGACAAGGAUGGCUACGGACAGAUGUUGUCUGCUGUUGUUGGACAUGGCGCGACGAUCCAGCCAUUGGGCACGGGCAAAUUACUAGAAGGGACGAUGCUCCCGGGCGUGACGCAGAUUGAGGAUCCCAAGGAAGUGCGCUUCAUCGAUACGCAAGCUUCCGAGACGGCGAAUCUGGAGGUGCACGGGAAAGCUGCGGCGCUACUGGGUUGUCCGUGGCCGAAUCCGGUGGAUCUGUGGUCAGCGCAGAUGCGGUAUGUGGCUAUUGCGGUUGGGGCGUGUAAUGCAUUUGUCAAGGUGCCGUUGAAGGAUAGUUAUCGAUCGAAGAUCUGGGACCAUUCGGGUGGGAUGCUUCUGGCAGCGGAGUUGGGGGUGAAAAUCACCGAUUUGAAUGGAAACAGUGUUGAUUGUGGCCUGGGAAGGACGUUGGCUGGCUGUCAUGGGAUGGUUGUCGCGCCUGCCUCUAUACAUGGGCAGGUUUUGGAGGCAGUGCGUGUUGCGAGACAGUCUUGA